AUGGAGUCGAGUAGUAUAUUCAACUGUGCUGUCAAAGUGAAAAACGAACCUUGCGAUGUGUCGCUUGCGGAAAACUAUUGUAAAUCAAUUGACAAGACACCCAAUACUAAUGAUGUUCAAUGUUCGAAGUUUCUGCUAGAAAAUACUACCAAUAAGCUGCAAAAAUACGAGGAAACUUAUGAAGCUGAGCUUGAAAAAAUGGAAAUAGAUUUCGAAUGUAAAGAUGUAAAGCUUAACGUGGACUCAUUAAUUUUCAAGAACAGACAAAAGACAAUUAAAGUUGAAACUGCAGCAGUAGUAAAACAAGAAUUUUGUGGUGAUAACGCUACAAAAUUGGUCACAAAGCUUGACUGCGAGCUAAAAAAGCAAAAUAAAAAGAGAAUAGUCACAAAAAAGUUAAACCGUAAACAUAAACUCAAAAAAACAAUUGCUACGAUGCGUGGUGACAUAACUCGAACUUGUGAUAAAUGUGAUAAAACAUUCACAUCAAAAUAUUAUCUCAAAAUCCACAUAGAUUCGGUGCACAAUGGUGUCACCUACGCUUGUGAUAAAUGUGAUAAAACAUUCACAUCAAAAUAUUAUAUCAAAAUCCACAUAGAUUCGGUGCACAAUGGCGUCAACUACGCUUGUGAUAAAUGUGGAAAAACAUUUACGUCAAAGGGUUAUCGCAAACUGCACAUUAAUUGGGAUGAAAGGUAA